CAUACAGUAAUAAGGAGGACACUACAGUAAAAUGUUGUUUUGCUCUGUACGCUAAGGAGCAUGUGACUGGUCCAGCGAGUUGCAAAUCAUGUGAUAGCUGAGCAGGCUCAGAUAAGAAGCUGAGAGGCGUGGGAGAGAAGCGCACAGAAAUCUGACCCACACAGACUCUGCUGAAUAGGCAACAGAAGCCACCAGAUCUUCCUACGAAAAGCUCGCCUGCAAGGCCAAGCGGAAACAUGGACUGUGGCGUGAUCACCUCCAAGACAGUGCUGCUGCUGCUCAGCCUCAUCUUUUGGGCCGCAGCAGCUGGUCUUGGCUAUGUUGGGGGAUAUGUUAUUAACACCUACAAGAAUUAUGACAGCUUCGUGCAGGACAAGUACGCCAUGCUGCCAGCAGUGAUCAUCAUUUGUGUUGCUGUAGUGAUGUUUAUCAUUGGGCUGAUUGGCUGCUGUGCCACUAUCCGGGAGUCACGUGUUGGGCUGGGACUUUUCCUGGUAAUUAUCCUGAUUAUCUUUAUUGCAGAAGUGGCAGCUUUUGUUAUGGGAUUCAUUUACAGAGAAAAGGUAAAAACAGAUGUGCAAGGCACAAUGCAUACAGUCUUCCAGAAAUAUGACGGGAAAAGUCCGGAGUCUGGUGUUGUGGAUUACUUGCAAGAACAGCUUCGAUGUUGUGGAGUAACUAACUACACCGACUGGACAACCACCCAGUGGUUUAAUACCACUGGCAAUAACAGUGUUCCUCUGAGCUGCUGCAAACAAGACAUUAAGAACUGCACAGGACAGCUGAAUGAGCCACAGGAUCUCAAUAUGCAGGGCUGUGCAGAGAAAGUGGAAAAUGGGCUACAGGCUGUAUUGAGCUAUGCUAUGCUCGUGAUCCUAGGAUUUGCCAUCAUAAAGUUCUUUGGAAUGCUGAGUGUCUGUGUGCUCACGUGCAAGAGGGAAGACAAUGGCUACCAACCCCUGUACUCAGGGGUAUUUGCUUGAUAAGACGAUGGAAAGAUCAUUUUUCAUCUGCUUCUUGAUGAUAAAAUGGAUUUGUAUAGAUGCCCCAAAUGGACAAUGUAUUACCCCUUUGUUAAAUACUGUAUUUUAUUUACGUGAGCAGAAAGAACACUGUUAAGAUUUGCAAAGGUUUUAAGUGUAUCAUGUGAAAUGACAGCUUCAGUGUGCAGUGUCCCUUGGUAACAACCUGGUUUCAUGUACCUCGACUUUCUUUAAGGCUGUUUCACACUCGUGUGGCAUUCCCUAAAAUGACAGCAGAUGUUGGGAUAGACUCCAAAAAGAAACUCUACUUCUUGCAAGUUUUACAUUUGUCAGACCUAUUUGUAACCUGAAACUUAUAGAAGAAAUUGUUUUUAAUCAUUAAACCGAUAAUGCAGCCA